CAGUCUCGUCAAGUUCGUUUUGAUCAUACAAUGGCUCUCAUAUCCGCUGGGAAGCCUGCCUUCCGCGUGGUGGCCUUCACUCCCACCCGCGGCGUCUCAACCCUCCACACCAAGCCCAAGCCUCCCCAGCGAGUCCGCUCCAGCUCGACGUCUGUUCUAUCUGAGCUCAAGGCAACCGAGCCUGCGACUGGGAAAAGCCCUCUUCCACCCCUAUCUGCCCUUCCUACCAGCGUGCUCCUCCGCUCUCUCCUCGUCGCCACCAUCUCCUCCAAGCCCUACCUCCUCCUCCCCUCCCUCAAAGCCCUAUCAUUCUUCUGCAAGCCACGCAAGGGCGCCCUGUUCAAUGUCGACCGCAAUCCCAUCCUGCACGGCAUUCUCAAGGCCACCUUCUACAAGCAGUUCUGCGCCGGCGAAACACCCGAUGAAGUCCGGCGCACCGUCCAGCAGCUCAACGGCAUGGGCUUCCAGGGGACAAUCAUGACCUACGCCAAAGAAACCGUCUUCGACCACAAGACCCAGACCUCCGUCGGACUAGGUAUUGAGAACUCAGACACCGCGGGGGCAUUCUGCCCGCAGAUCGAGGCCUGGAGAAAGGGCACCGUCGACACAAUUGAUACACUCGGAGAAAACGACUAUCUUGCUUUAAAACUCACCGGCGCCGGCCCCACAGUCACAGACGCCUUCUCAACGGGCUCGCUCCCACCGCAACAAAUGCUGUCCGCCCUGGACGAAAUCAGCAGCAAGUGCGCAGACCGGGGCGUUCGCAUCCUCGUCGACGCCGAAUCACACCACUACCUGGCCGGAAUCCUGCGCGUCACGCUGGACCUGAUGCGCAAGUUCAACACCGACGGCUUCGCCCGGGUCUACAAUACCUACCAGGGCUAUCUCAAGUCCACCCCAGACACGAUUGCAAAGCACCUGGCUGCUGCUAGUGAGGAGGGGUUCACGCUGGGACUGAAGCUAGUGCGUGGGGCGUAUAUUGCCUCUGAUGAGCGCUCGCUUAUCCACGAUACGAAGGCGGAUACGGAUGCUGCGUAUAACGGCAUUGCGCAGGGUGUGUUGAGGCAGGAACUAGGCGAGUUUGGGACAACGAAGCCGUUUCCGGCUGUGAAUCUGUUUCUGGCGAGUCAUAAUAAGGAGAGUGUCAUGGCGGCGCAUGCGCUGCAUCAGCAGAGGAUUAAGGGAGGGCUGCCGACUGUUCCUGUGGGGUUUGGGCAGUUGCAUGGGAUGUCGGAUGAGGUGAGUUUCAGUCUGCUGCAGCUGAAGGGGCCGGAGGGGGAUCCGAGGGUUUACAAGUGCUCGACUUGGGGGGGAUUGGGGGAGUGUUUGGCGUAUCUGUUGCGGAGGGCGAUUGAGAAUCGGGAUGCGGUGUCGAGGACUGGGGAUGAGUAUCUGGCGUUGAAGAGGGAGGCUGCUCGCAGGGUUAGGGCUUUGUUUGCUUGAUGAUGAUGAUUUACGUAUAUUACGAUGUCACAGAUGCCCAUCUCUAUAGUAAAACAAUAGUAACGCCAUGGCAAAGGAUCUAUCUCUACAACCAGGUAUUGACUGCUACCUAGGAUCAGGAACUAAAGACCUUUGCAAUUCCCGU